GUACAUUAUGUACACUGAACACCAUCUUGAUUCUUGACCACUGACUAGAAAAAAAGUGACACGAAGUAACUACGUAAAAAAGCGAAUCAAACGAAUUUUUAAUUAAUAAUAUUUAUUUAAAAUACAAACCUGCGAGUACAUAUUCUUUCCGCAUAUUUACGCUAUAAAUUGAAUUUUUUUUAAAGAAAAUGGCAGAAAAAGAGCAAGUAAUUCAGGCAUUGAAAGCCACACUUAUUUCAGUGAAAGGCGCACUGACAAUUAAACAAUGCAACCGUGACUAUCGUGAACUGCAAGGAGAAUGGAUCCCAUACAAGAAGUUAGGUUAUUCUUCCCUUGAGAAAUUAUUUCAAGAUGUCCCGGGCUUUAAAAUAACUGAAAUAAAUGGGGAGUGGGUUGUUGAUGCUAUAGCAAGCCAGGAAACCCAACAUAUAGCAUCAAUGGUUGCACGGCAGAAACCAGCUAAGAAGCACUCAUUGAAGUUAAAUUAUGCUAAUCGAUUCCCGAAAAAACAAGGAUCUUGGCGGAAACCAGCACCAACAACAAACUAUUCAUCCAACUAUAAUAAUCAAUACUCCAACCAAUAUUACAGGGUUAAAUCCAACACUCCAUUUAAUAACAACAGCUUUAAUUAUAAGUAUAAUAAGCACACACAACACAAUAGGUCCAAUGGUUCGGUGAGCUCAUCUCAAAGUAUCAAAACAGUUGAUGUGCAAGGUAAAAGUGCUUUGAACAAUUAUAAAGGAUCAGUUGAAGUAAGAGAUAAGAGUGUUCUAAAUGGAUCUAAAGGUCAUAACACUUCUCAAGUUCUACGAGAGACAAGUAGCCUUCUAAGCGAAUCAAAACAUUCCAUAAAAAGUGAGAAAGAGACUGAAGGGAAAAGAAAUGGCAGAACUUCAGCGUCUCAAAGACUUUCCAUUUUGCGCGAUAGACUGAACACAGUUGAUUUAAUACCCUUGCAGCUUCCCGCUCACACUGACUAUUCGCAAAGUGAUGUGUUGGUGAAGAAUACUGUUCCGGGCAAUGCUCUAGAGCCGCCACCAGAUUCAACGUCUUCUGUUGCAAAACUAGAAUGGACUUGUCGUAAAUUAGGACUGCCAGAACCAGUGUAUAAAGUGCAUGACCAACCUGUUCGUGGACCAGUCGGCCACCUUUGCAGCGUCAAGGUGGGCAACACUUACACGGCAUCGUCGUAUCCCGACUCGGCGCCAACCGAGGAACUGUCGCGCGAGGUCGCGGCCGUGAAGAUGUUGGCCGUCAUCGAGAGCUCGGAGGCGCCCGGCCUCACCACGUCGGGCGAGGAGCGCGCCUUGGCCGGCCUCAGCGAGCUGGUGGCCGCCCACGAGGCUGGUGUCUGGGCCAGCAUGGUGCCUCAUCUCUACAGAGAGAAGCACGGUGAAAAUUUACCGAAUAACUGGCUGCAAUUAUUAGAAAAUUGUCCACAUAUAAUAAAGGAUCGAGUCGUAAAUGGUCUUUUAGUGCUUUUACCCAACAAUGAGGAAAUAAAAUCGCCUUUGCCUAUGAACGACGCAAUAGACAGCGAUUUGCCGCCACUAAAAUUUCCACAGGAUAAUAGUUGGAAUGUUUGUGUAACUUUAGCGAAUUCUACACUGGAAGUAUGGCUUAUUAUUAUUGGACCACAAUACAGUGACGAGGGCUAUACCCUUUGUGCCGACAUGAAAGCAUAUUAUGCACAUUCUGGGACAACAGUUGAUAAGGCUAUGCUCAUCCAAAAUGCUUGGUACGCGGUAAACAUGGACAGUGGCGAUUGGGUACGCGCGAAAGUCUUAGAAAUCGAAGACGAAACAGCGACCGUGUUCCUGGGGGAUUUCGGUGACGAAGUAAUGGUUCAUAUAAAGAAAAUCAAGAUUCUAGAACCACAGUUUAGAAAAUUGCCCGCACAGGCGAUCCUGAGCCGGCUGGAGGGAGCGGAGGAGCUGGCGGCCAGCGAGGCGGGCGUGGCGCAAACGCGGUCGCGCCUGACCAACGAAACGCUGGUGGCCGUGCCGGGCCCGCGCCACGACCCCUUCGACCCCGCCGUGGCCGUCGUGCUCUACGACACGUCCACGAAACGCGACAUCAACCUCAACCAGGAGCUCGUGGAGAAGUUUUGCAAGUCCGGCGUCUUCGAGCUCACGGAGAAGCCGUGCGAGGUGGAGGUGGGCUGCGUGACGGACGAGGGGCGCGUGUGGGUGUCGCGCGUGGGCGGCGCGGACACGGUGCGCGCGGCGCUGGCGCUGCUCACGAGCGGCCCCUACCGCCGCCCGCUGCCCGCCGCGCCGCACGCGCCGCCCGCGCACACCAAGGCGCUCUACAUCGUGCGCACGCUCGACGGAGACUGGGUGCGCUGCUUGAUCAUCAGCGGGCUGGACGGCGAAGGCACGGUGCGCACGCAGCUCGUCGACAGCGGGCUCGUGCUGCGCGCGCCGCUCUCGUCGCUCGUGCCGCUGAGCUCCUUCUCGCCCGCACUGGAUGCCUAUCCGCCGCAGGCGCAGGCCGUGCGGCUGGGCGCGGCGGAGCGCGUGGCGGGCGCCAUGGUGGCGCGCCUGCGCGAGCUGCUGCUGGGCGAGUGCGUGCUGUGCCGCACCCUGCCCGGCGCCGCGCCGCACGUGGAGCUGUUCGUGCGCCUUCCCACGCUGAACAUCCUGGCCUCCGUCAACAACUCCAUCCUCAUGGAGUAUGAUUAUAUACACUCCGCUAAACCAGAAGAAGAGAAAGAAAACGACAUGAGCUAUCACCUGGAGGCGCUGCACAAGAAGAAGGAGCGCCUCUUCCGCACGAUGUCGGCGAGCGCGGACGAGCGCGGCGCGGCGCCCGAGCGGCGCAGCGCGCUGCCGCCGCCCGUGCUGCCCGCGCCCGCCCAGUGCUACGACGUCUACGUCGCGAUGGCGGCCAACCCCUGGAACUUCGUCGUACAACCGAAUUGUACAAGAAAUGUUCUUCAAACGAUGAUGGCCACUUUGCAAGUGGAGUGUCCAAAGAUACCCGAAUCGGAAGCACCGAUCAAACCAGCCAGUGGAGAACUCUACGUAGCCUAUUAUGACAAAGACAACUCUUGGUACAGGGUAACGGUUGCGGGUGAGGUGUCCACGGAAAUGGUAUCAGUAUAUUUCUGCGACUACGGCGACCUGGCGCUGUUCGCGUCCGCGGCGCUGCGGCGCGUGCCCGCCACCGCGCCGCUCGCGCGCUCGCUGCCGCCGCAGGCCAUCAAGGCCAAGCUUUACGAUGUAAAGCCUCUUCACCAAGACUGGACUGUAGAAGACUGCAUUCGUUUCCAAGAGUUGUGUGUGGAGCAGCAAUUCGUUGGCAUCUGUAUGGACGUCGGCAAAGACCCCCUCAACCCCAGUGAGCCCCUGCUCACACUCAAUCUGAUCGACACGUCCACGGACGAAGACGUUUAUAUUAACAAACUGUUAGUCGCUGAAGGCAGAGCUCGUCUCGCUUCUGCAUCUUAAAUGUUAGUUAUAAGUUUUGUUGUAUUUAUAAGUUACUAUUGUUGCAAUGCCGCUGAUUCGAUUGAACAAAAUCUCUAAACCUAAUUGGCAGGUCUAGUGCGGACCUUUUUACGAUGUCUUACAAGAAAAUGCAUGCAGCACUUAUAGACCUGUCAGUUUAAACUACAGAUUUGUGCACAACCGACUAAGGCCCAGUUGCAUAUCCGGCGGUGAAAGUUAUGUUACGGUUACCGUAGUCGGAAAUGGACCAGCAAAAAAAAAAGCUAAGUUUGUCGUUGUUUAUCUAAAAAGCCGUAUCUACUGAUAUUGCAAUAAAAAUAUAUACAUUAUACAUAUAAAAAGAACGUAAUUUUUUUGUUUAGGAAUUGGCUGAGCCACAUUUGUUAAAAGUGUAGGUACUGAUUCUUCCACAAUGAAAAUGUUAGAAUGUGCGAAAGAGAAGAAAACUUAGCUAACCACAUCACGCAGCGCCUAAACAAUGAAACCAAAAUGGCUUGAUGGUAACCUUAAAGUAACUUAUGUCGCCUAUAUCAGUCUCUGUAGCUUAAACUAAAAAGUGAUAUAACCUCAUAAUAUAUAAGACUUGUUAAUUAUGAUUAUCGUAAGUUGCUAUUAUUUGUUUUUUAUUUCUAGUGGUGUAUGUAGCAGACACUGACAAUACUCAUGUUUCAUUUAUAUAGAUUCUGAUGUAAUAAUAAUUAAUAAAACAUGACAGUCCAUCUUUGCCACAGUUCUGUUUACAAGUUGUCUUAUCGCUAUGUUUGCACCUAGUGGUAAACGACAAUAUGUAUUAUGUAUUUUUGAUAACAUGCUUUGUGUAUUUCACAAGAAAGUAGAAUCAGCACAUUGGUGAGGUUUCCUCGUCAUUUAGUAUAUAAUGUAUCUAAUGAUUUGAAAAACUGAUCUCAUUGAUGACGAGUGAUGUUUAAAAAUCCUGGAAUCUUCAAUAUCCUAUUUUUUUUGAGAUGAGAACUACAAAUAUCUAUUACAAGUAGACAUUGUUAGGCUUGAUUUAUUGUAUAGUUAGUUCUUAAUUGCUUUUAUUUGUGAUAUCGAAGUUUCCCGUGAUUGUAAUAGGAGAUUUGAAUAAUUGUUCUAUCUUAUCCUCACAUGUUAUAUUUCAUAGGUUUAGCAAUAAAAAUUAGGUUAGGAAAUAAAAAUUAAAACAAAAAAAAAA